AUUUGUCCAACGGUCGCGGGAAGCGAAACAGUGGGUUGAACAAGAGUUUCUUGACAACACUUUAUUUGUAAACAAAUGUUAGAUCGGACAACUUGUGAAUUAAUCUAAUACGUGUUGACGACUGAAACGCAUUCGUUGUUUGGAGUAAGUGAGCACGUUUCAUACUAACGAAGUAAUAAGUGGCUUGCUGAGAGCACAGCAACGUGGGCUGUCUGGAUACUGGAAAACGCACGGGACACAACAAGCGUGAAAUGUUAGCAAGCUAACUUGCUAGCUUACCUAUCUGAAGAAUACCGUUUUGGAAGCAUCGCGAUUGUGAGCAGAAUCUUUCCAACUUCAGAAAGUCGUGCCAUGGGCACAAUAAGGAGGUUACGAUACUAAAAUAUCAAACAAACUUUUCCACUGGCAGUAAACUGUAAGGACGCGUGGUUAGCUAGCUUGCAAACUCACUGGAGCAUGAGUUUAAGUUGCCGAUUGUUCGUCAGCACGUCACCGAAGAUGGGACCUAUUCGGCAGAGACUGGAAUUUUCUCAGAGUGAUGGAGAGGAUGAAGCAAAUAGCAUUGAAACGGAGACGGGCCUGAAUGAAUUAGAUUCCCCUGUGCAAUCGCAUGGACAAAAUGCCAAAGAAAACCAAGAUGUUCGCAACAGCACACUUCUACCUGCAACGGAGGAAGACGCAGCGCUGUGGGACGAGGAAGGCUUCGGUUGUUUGUCUCCCCUGAAAUCUCCAGGGAGUUACAUGAUGAAGGGAUCGCCUUCUCCAAGAAAAGGAGUGCGUGCAUAUUACAACAGCUCACCGCCUGAGUUGUCUUACAGCAGGGAAGACAAGACCAGCCCCAGAUCACCGUUGCCUGAUUGUCCUGACACGCCACCCCAUAAAACCUUCAGAAAACUCAGGCUGUUCGAUGUGCCUCACACACCUAAGAGUCUGCUGUCAAGGGCCAGAGCUGUGGCGUCCGUGUCUACAGUCCACCGAGUUAACGUCUUCAGCCAUGUGGACUCGUCGGGGAAACCCCACACAGACAGCAGACUCAGACAUACACCCAUGAUCAACAUAAACCCGUUUACUCCUGACUCACUGCUCAUCCAGACAGAAACACUCCAGAGGAAAACCCGCAAGAGAUCACAUUGGAAUGACUCCUGUGGCGAGGACAUGGAAGUAAGUGAUGCAGAGUUUGAGGAGGACAUCAUUCCCCCAUCCAAGAGGAUGACUCUCCUGGACAGCAACAUGAUGUCUAGAUACACCACAGAGUUUCACGAGCUGGAGAAGAUUGGAUCGGGGGAGUUUGGCUCCGUUUUCAAGUGUGUGAAGAGACUAGAUGGGUGCAUCUACGCCAUCAAAUGCUCCAAGAAGCCCCUUGCUGGAUCAGUAGACGAGCAGAAUGCCCUUCGGGAGGUAUAUGCCCAUGCCGUCUUGGGACAGCACCCACAUGUGGUCCGGUACUACUCUGCCUGGUCAGAGGAUGACCGCAUGCUGAUCCAGAACGAGUACUGUAACGGGGGAACGCUCGCUGAUGAGGUCAUGGAGAACUACAGAACUAUGCACUUCUUCUCUGAACUGAACUUGAAGGACUUGCUCCUGCAGGUGGCCCAGGGGCUGAAGUACAUUCACUCAACUGCUCUGGUCCACAUGGACAUCAAGCCCAGCAACAUCUUCCUGUCUCGGAGGAUCGUGGUCUCCGUCGAUGAAUUUGAUGAUGAUGAUGGAACAAAUACGAACGUUGUUUACAAAAUAGGGGAUCUUGGACAUGUGACCAGAGUAGACAACCCCCAUGUCGAAGAAGGAGACAGCAGGUAUCUGGCCAAUGAAGUCUUGCAAGAGGACUACAGGAACCUCACAAAGGCGGAUAUUUUUGCCCUGGCACUGACUCUAAUCAGUGCCUCAGGGGCAGAAUCCCUUCCAAGCAAUGGGGAUAGGUGGCAUGACAUAAGACAAGGAAAACUACCACAUAUUCCACAAGUGCUCUCGCACGAGUUCUUAAGUUUACUAAAGUUGAUGAUCCACCCUGACCCCGAGCGGAGGCCGUCGGCAUCGGCCCUCACCAAGCACCCGGUCCUCCUCACCGCCUCGCGCAUGAGCGCCGACCAGCUGCGGGUCGAGCUCAACGCCGAGAAGUUCAAAAAUUCACUACUGCAAAAGGAGCUGAAGAAGGCCCAGCUGGCCAAGGUGGCAGCUGAGGAGAAGAUCCUGCACACAGACCGGAUCCUGACCCGCUCCACCCUGCAGACCAGCAGGAGCUCCAGGCUCAUUGGCAAGAAGAUGAACCGCUCUGUUAGCCUGACCAUCUACUGACAGGGCCUGACCCAGAGCCCAGCCCCAGGACUGGGAACCGGCUGUCUCAGGGCAGACUGGGAGAACCUGGAAGAAGGGACGGCAAACCUGACUGAACACGCACACACACACACUUACCAUGAAUGAUAGUUCAUUCAUGCUAGAUGGGUACUUUGAGAAUUGUAAAUUCAGUGGACCAAAUGCAUGCCACUCGUAAAGUGUGGAGCACUUGGAAUAUGCUGUUGAAUGAUGUGGGGGAGGGGGGUUAAUUGAUUCUUCCAGUUAGUGUGAGGGGUUGGGACUGUGUGAUGUUGCACCUUACAACCUGUGAUAUGUACCUGAAGACAGGUAAUGAAACUGGACCAUUGCACUUUGAAUCUAAUGGGUGAACUUGCCUUAAAAAAAACCUGCUGCUAUGUAUGUGGUUUGUCUUUCAGUGUGAUGAAGUUCAGUGAGUUUAUAUAUCAUACGUAUUUCGAAGUCUGUUUCUUUUAAACACAAUUCUGGUCUAGUUCGUCAUCAUUUAGGUCUUACAGUAUUUUCAUUAUGUACAGAGUUGUGUACGCUUUGUUCUUUCUAAACUCAUUCAUAAUUCAUGAUGAGCUGAUCAUUCGUGAAAGAAGCGAUUGAUACAGGUCAAUCAUGGAACGUUUUUAUCUGUCUGAUUAUAAUUUGUACUUUGAAUAUGAUGGAUGGAGAAAUUUAAUGCCCGUUGAAGUCAGUAUUUUAAGCUGUUUAAGUCCUUAACUACACAUGUAGCAUUCAUCUAGCCGUUUUAGUUUUGUUAACUGUGAAAACAUCAUUACAAUGAUGCAUAUUAUGCAUGUAGAUAUUCUGACAACGUUUGGUUUAAUGUUACCGGUUUCUCUUCAAUAAAUUCGCUUUUUCACUUGA